AUGGCGUCCCUCUCCUUGUUCUGGCGGCCAGCAAACCCUCAGCCCCUGGGUGGCUGUCAGCCCCACCUGCCAGCGGGCCCAGGGCUUGAGGACGAGACGGGCUCGCCGGCCGCCCUGGAGGAGGAAGAGGAGGAUGGGGAGAAGCAGGAACACGACAUCUCUCUCUUCGUCAAGGCUGGCAGUGAUGGGGAAAGUAUUGGAAAUUGCCCGUUCUCUCAGCGUCUCUUUAUGAUUCUGUGGCUAAAAGGUGUCAUAUUUAAUGUCACAACUGUGGAUUUGAAAAGAAAGCCUGCUGAUCUGCAGAACCUCGCCCCGGGAACAAACCCCCCCUUCAUGACAUUUGACGGUGAAGUGAAAACUGAUGUCAAUAAGAUCGAGGAGUUCUUGGAAGAAAAGCUAGCGCCGCCCCGGUAUCCCAAACUUGCACCAAACCACCCCGAGUCUAACUCUGCAGGAAAUGAUGUGUUUGCAAAAUUCUCUGCGUUCAUAAAGAACCCAAGAAAAGAUGCUAAUGAAAAUUUGGAAAAAUCUUUGCUUAAAGCCCUGAGGAAGCUGGACGACUAUUUAAAUAGCCCCUUGCCCGAUGAAAUUGAUGCUUACAGCACUGAGGAGAUCACUGUUUCCAGCCGGAAGUUCCUGGAUGGAGAUGAGCUCACCUUAGCGGAUUGCAACCUCCUACCAAAGCUUCAUAUAAUCAAGGUUGUUGCAAAAAAAUAUAGAAAUUUUGAUUUUCCACCUGAAAUGACAGGGAUUUCAAGAUACUUGAACAACGCAUAUGCAAGAGAUGAAUUUACAAACACUUGUCCUGCUGAUCAAGAAAUUGAGUAUGCGUAUUUGGAUGUUGCAAAGAGAAUGAAGUAAACAGAAGAUGCCUCCACUCUUCAUUACUUGCGAGAUUUAGAUGGACACCAGCCAAUACAGAAAAAACAAAAGCCAGCGUACAUUCUGCAGUGUAAUUUUAAGUUCUGCUAUUGGCCAAUCCUUCUUUUAUAAUGAUUGUAUAGCAUUAUUUGCUCAUUCUUAAAUUAUAUAUGUUUGUGCGUCUGUACAGAUGUCUGCACACAUGAAUGUCUUGUGCAUUGCAAGCUAAGGGCAUCGGUCAAUAUUAAAGCAUUUG